GUAUUUAUGGGAAGCACAGACAGGCACACAGGCGAAUCAUCGCCUAUCCGCAGGCGUCUCACUCUGGGAAAACACGCGCGGCAGAAUAACCUUCUUUGGGGUAGCGACGAUGAGGACGACAACGAUGAUGAUGCCGAGGAUGGUGUUGAGGGGUUUUAUUGGCUUUAUUGGCUUUAUUGGUUUUAUUGGAGCAUCAACCAUUGCUGAGGACCAUUGGCCGUUAUUGCUAUGGCCAGCACCCCUGGCUAGUGUCGAUCCCCUGCCCCUGGCCAGCCUGUGUCUUCAGAGGAGGAGAACCGCAGCCAUGGGCAUCCGCAUCCAACAUGGUCUCUGUCGCACCAACACCAGCAGCAGCCCCCUCGCGCGCAAGCAGGCAAGUGCAAGUGCAGGUGUGUAAGUGUAUGAAAGUGCAAGUGCAAGUACAUGUACAAGUGUAAGUGUGAGUGUGCGACAUGGCUCAUUCCUACGGAUGAA